UGUCACAAGGAGCUUCCACAGAUACCCUGCCUCUUGGGCCCCAAAGCAAGGAGUGUAUAUUUGCUCUGGAUUGGGCAUGGCUCAGGAACUUUGGGAGGUGUCUCCUCACAGCAGAGCCACCUUCUUUACCAUCAUUCUCACUUAAAGCAAACUUCACGAUGUAGCCCCGAUUCCAGGCUAUCAUUCACAGUGAUAUUUUUGUGCUAGAAAAUGGAAAAGGAACAAGGGACAGAAGGAAGGUGCAGAAGCCCGCCAGAACUCAGAGUAAGGAGGGAUCACCGCAUCCACUUGGUGGCCUGAAGCCUCCAUGCCACCGGGUGAGGAAGGACUCACAGACAUCCAGAGGAGAAGCCAAAGAUGUUGACCAGGAAGAUUAAACUCUGGGACAUAAACGCCCACAUCACUUGCCGCCUGUGCAGCGGCUACCUCAUUGAUGCAACUACAGUGACUGAGUGUUUGCACACAUUUUGCAGGAGCUGCCUGGUGAAAUAUCUGGAGGAGAAUAAUACCUGCCCCACUUGCAGGAUCGUGAUCCAUCAGAGCCACCCACUACAGUAUAUCGGUCAUGACAGAACCAUGCAGGACAUUGUUUACAAGCUGGUACCAGGCCUCCAGGAAGCGGAAAUGAGGAAACAGAGGGAAUUCUAUCACAAACUGGGCAUGGAGGUGCCAGGUGACAUCAAGGGGGAGGCGUGUUCAGCAAAACAGCACUUAGAUCCCCGCAAUGGUGAAACCAAAGCAGACGACAGUUCCAAUAAAGAGACAGCAGAAGAGAAGCAGGAGGAGGACAACGAUUACCACAGGAGUGACGAGCAGGUGAGCAUCUGUCUGGAAUGCAACAGCAGCAAACUACGGGGCCUGAAGCGGAAGUGGAUCCGAUGCUCAGCCCAAGCAACAGUGCUGCACCUGAAGAAAUUCAUCGCCAAGAAGCUCAAUCUCUCCUCCUUCAAUGAGCUGGACAUUUUAUGCAACGAGGAGAUCUUGGGCAAGGACCACACUCUCAAGUUCGUGGUUGUUACGCGGUGGAGAUUCAAGAAGGCGCCCCUCCUGCUACACUACAGACCCAAGAUGGACUUGCUGUAAGCCCAGCCAGACUCAGCCCACACCCAAUGCUCUACACGGCAAACUGUGCCGUGGAAUGUUGCCUCUGGGUGCCAUGUGGACCAGAUUUCUGAAUAGAGAAUAUUUAUAACUUUUGUAUGAGAGAAUCCACUCCCAACAAGACACUACCAGCACGCGUUUACAGAGGAUGAAAACACUUCCCAGUUCGCUCAUCUCUGCUUCAGGUCCAUAGGCCAGAGAACAAGUGAAUCAGUGACACGUUUGCACACCGCGUCCGACACACAGCGCCUCUGCUUGCUUUCCGGGGCUUGAGAAUCUGAGUUCCUUUUGGCUUAAUUUGUGGAUUAGGUUUCAUUAUAAGCCUCAAAAAAACUUGUACUUUCAUUAAGUCCUUCCUAAGUUAUUGAAAGUCUUUUCAUGGUAUAUAUUUAUGUUGCCUUUAGCUUCCUGAAGACUUAAGAGAUAUAUAAAAAUUUAAUUUAAAGUAUACCCAAAGAGGCUUGCAGUAAUACUAUUAUUUAGCCAUGGAAUUUAAUUUCCCACCUUUUAGAGUACAGCAGAGGUCCAUUCCCAAGUUUGAGUCUUGUACUGUGUUUCCUGGGAUGGUGGCCGUCCUGGCUGGGCAAGGUGAGACCCUGCCUCAGUCCCCAGUGUCGUGUGGCUGCAGUUCCGGCUCCCUCCGUAAGGCAAGUUGGGGUGGUACGGCUGGUGCAGCACUGGCUUGUUGGAAAGUCUUUGGAAGUUCCUGCCUUUCCCUUCUGUUUUCCUUCUGCUGGCAAGAUGUGGUGGUGGCUGUUUGUCACUUACCAAACAGCACAAGCCAUCCUGUGGGGAGACCUUGUAAAGGCACUUGGGAGGUGACCGCUAACCUCCAUGUUCCUGGCAGUUGGUAUUUCCAGGCUUGCCUUUUUUUUUUAAUCCCUUUUUCAAUCUGUUAAUUGAGCAACCUGUUCAGCUGACAUUUUUCCAGUCACAGACAGGAUACUGUUUGUGAACCUCCCUCUUCACGUGUAAUUUAUUUUGUUUUGUUUGGUUAGAGAGAAAAUGCCAGCAUAUCCGACUUUGUUCUCUCUUAAGGGGUAUGAAGGCAAGAGUAAGGAGAAGGGAUAAUGGCCUGGGGUUCCCAGGGACCUCUCUCAGUCACUUCCUGCCCUCCCAGGCCCCAUGGGAAUCAUAGAACCCCGUAAUCCCAGCAGUUACCUCUGCUCUUGGUGGGCAGAGGAGGAUCUUAGUGUGUCCCUUGGGGCCAGGCUUUCUGAGUCUUCUCCUUAGCAACUGGAAUUUUUCUUGGAUUGCUUUGACAGUUGGGAUUGGGUUUAUCAGCACCCACUCUUUCUUCUACUUCCUCUUUCACUUACACAGUGUCAGGAGCAGCGACUUGUGAGACCUAAUGUUACUAUGGAUAGAACAUCCAAAUUAACGGAAUCCUUAAUGUAUGACCUUGUAAAACAAAAGCAAGCUCUUUGUUUGGAAUUGAUCAAAAUUCACCUCUCUAUUUGAGCCCAGAACUGUUUGGAUUAUCAGUUUCCUGAGUUUGCUAUUCAUCCAAAUCAUUUCUAGAGUUACUACACAAGGGUUUAUGCGUAAAUAUUACCUGUCUACCUCAGAACACAAGUGCUGCUGAAGCAUCCGCAAGACCGUGUUCUCACCAUGCAGUUACAUUAGAAUCUAGGUAUUUCCCAUGUGGUGAAACUAAAGAAGACUUAAACAGUUAGAAGCCUCCAAAUUAAAAUAAAGUUAAUUUACAGUUCAGAUCAAACUUAGUAUGGCUGUAUAAUCUCAUGAUAUAUAUUUGUAACUUUGUAGCUACUUUUAGAAUCACUUGACUUUGCUAUGGUGCUAAGUUGAUAGAUCUAAGUAUUCAGCGAGGCGGACAUUGCAACUGAUGUCCUAGCUGGGCGCCGCUGCCCCAACAGCCCUGCUUCUGUCACCACGUUAACCUGAUAAACCUCAGCAGCAAAAAUACCUAUUUUUCUAAGAUUCCAUCAUGCGCCUGUCUGCACUGCAGACAGCUUCCCGAUGCCCUUCUGCCCUUUGGUCUGACCUGUAGCCUUACCUCGCUCAUAGAUGAAGCAGAGUGAGCUUGCGUCAGAUGGAAGCUUCUGGGCGCCUUGUUUCACUCCUGCCAAGCUCCAUGUGACAUCCAAGGCCGAAUUUUAUUUUUCCAGCAUGAACACAAGGAUCAGUUAGUGAUUGGUCCUGUCCAGCUUUCCCAGCGGGCGGAGCUCCUGUGAAGUUGUUUUCAUGGCUGCCGAUGCAUCCAGCCGGCAGCCCCGGGACCAGCCUCCCAGCACGUGGUCUCGCUCAGUACCAUUUUCACGAAAAUAGAAAUCUCAGAUAGAAUAUAUAAUAUUGAAUUUAAGAUUGGGGGGGUUAAAAAAAGAAAACUUAACUUUAUAAAAUUAUUUAUUCUAUUUUAAGCCUUCUAUCAUAUUUUCCCAUCCAGUUGUUUGGUUUCUGUGGUCCAGCUUUAUUUACAGGCAUAUAAGAUAAAAUUGUGAGAUGUUUUGCAAGCUUCUUUUACUUUUUGUAGCCUUUGGUUUGUAUGUUUUUAUAGGGAUGAAGAGCAUUUUUAUGCUUUUGUGCAAUAGGUUCCAACAUGCAUUUAUUAGAGUGUGUUUAAAUUGUGAUCUAGCAUCGACUCUACUAAAUUGAAAGGGAAUAUAGGUGGAAUUUCAAUAUCUGUGCAUUCAGCUAUUUGGUUUUGCCUUUUUCACUGUUAUUAUAAGAAUGCUGUUACUGAGAGUGAGUGAGUGUGUGUGUGUGUGUGUGUGUGUGUGUGUGUGUGUGUGUAGAUAUGUUCCAUCAAUAUUGAAAGAUAAGCAGCCAGGCAGGAAGUGAUGAGGUUGGCAUCGUGCUAGGCUUGUGUCUACUGUGGGCACACCCAAUCCUUGAGCUGAGUCAGUCUGUGACUGAGCCAUCCUGAGGGUUGGGAUUUCAUUGUCUCCACCUAUCAACCUGGCAGUGCUGACCUUUACAGGCCUGCUGGCCCCUGAUGCCUGCCCUGGCAUCAGAAUCAUUGGAGACUGGUGUGUUUUGUUUCUGAGGGCAUACAGGGUGGUGUAUCACAGUGCUCUGAAAUGUAUCAUUAGCUUAAAUAUUCCAAGAAUGAGCCAACUGAGUUCUACUUUGUAUAUGGAUAUUGAGUAUGCUUCUAAAACACUGAAAAUAAAUUUAGUGCAGAUAGCGAAAUCUCAAUAUCUCUCUCUCUCUCUCUCUCACACACACACACACACACACACACACACACACACACAAUAUGUCUGUUUCCUCAGGAAAUCAUUUAAACCCCAACACAUCACAUGUGACCUUAACAGGAAAACAAAAGUUUUCUCUGCCUUGAUAUUAAAUACACCAAGUAAAUAAACUGGGAUACAUAGAUUAGGAAAAUCACUUAAUUGUACCACAGUCUGCAUAUCUUGCAUUCCUCCAGGUAGGAAUUGCUACCAUUUAGGCUCCCAUCAGAAACAGCUGUGUGGGACUGUGGUUCUCACACCCAGCGUUCACACCUGUUGUCACUUACUCCCAUCCGAGAGCACAUUUGGAGAAAGAACUGAAGUGUGUGUCACUGUAGCAUGUCAGUUCCGGCUCUCAACUUGUACCAGACACAUUUUUCCCAAGUGAAAGUAACGUCAGGUCACAGACAGCAGCACCACCGUGCAUCCACCUUGGAAUGCAGCCACAGCUAACAAUUGUCAUGGUGUAUGAAAUGAUGCAGAUUCAUAUUUUUGACUGUUUAAUUUGAAAGUUUACAUUUUUUAUGAUUGUGUUAGUGUGUAAUUUUUGUACCAUCAAGUGGCUAGUUUUUGUCUGAAAUCUUUUUUGGAAUAUUGCUUAAUGUUUUGAUUUCACAAUAGUGAAGCUUGUAUUCAGUGUUUUGCCAAUUAAUAUUAUAUGCUUGUAAUAAAAGCAGAAGAAAAA